AUGCACGUCGCCGUAUCCAAGCACUCUGACGUGCAACGCCUGGUGAGGGUAUUUGGCGAAUAUCCUUCCCUAGCUCAUCUAGUCGUUGAACUCGACAUCUCUUCGGCCACCCUAUUCGAUCCCCGGAUCGCGCCACGAUGGUCGACAUUCGUUGGUUGGGGGGAAUUGGUGCUGCGACAGCCGCAGUUCACCUCCCUCCGCACUCUCCGCCUUUGCCACCUCGACUUUCGUGUCUACCCGCCCUCUUACUACAAGUGUUUCACGAGCUUUCACUCGGUGACACAUCUGGAGAUAUCCUGGGUCACGUUUCAAACCAUACGAGACCUCCUCCGGCUGGUCUGGGCGUUCCGCGCUCUUGAGUACCUACAACUAUCCUCCGGGCUGCAAAUCCAAGAUCAAAGAACGACCAGAUACAAACUUGCCCUGGAAGAGUUCUGCGCUGCUCGUUAUCCGUUUCUGUGCCCCAAACUCCGCUUCUUGGACAUUCUGUGUACAUUCGAUACAGAGCACGACUAUCUAUCUUGCAUUCCCGUGGGCGCAUAUGGAGUGUUUGUACGGAAAAUGCAUCUAGGAAGCGGCGCUGUUCAAUUCCACCAGUGGACUACAUCACCGGAUGACCUCGGCCGCCUCCUCAACGCCAUUCCGACACUGGAAGACCUCACCCUCUCGUUCCAUGCUGGAUUCGAUACACUCUCCCACUCACGCGACGAGCGCUACGAAACGCCGCUCCUGGAGGUCAUAUCAAUGCACGCCCCGCGUCUGACGCGCCUCUCCUUCAAGGUCACCAUCAGGGUGCUAGACUGGUCCGAAGACACCGCAAGCACACGCGAACCGCUCAUGACCAUGCUGCACGCCAUGCUCUUCGAGAGCCCGCGCAACUGGCGCGCACAAAAGGCUGCGCGAUACCGUGACAGGACGCUCCCGCUCCUCGAGGACCUCUCGUUGGCCGUGGUCGCGGUGAGCCCGGUGCAGGAGGCGCGGUGCGUGCUCUCGGGGAGCUAUGUGCCGACAUUGAUGGACAUGAUGUCCGCGGAAUGGACGUAUAGUGCUCCCAUCGACACUUUUGCUUUCGAUCACUGCACCGCAGGCGCGCGCAAGAAGGCUCCAAGGCUACACCUCUUCGGGUCCACGGUGGCCAUAGCCUUCUGA